AUGACUCGAAAGGCUGGGUUACAGCAUUUGGAUGCGGCAAAUUCAAGUUGCGAUGCAGAAGAUCAAAGGAAAUGCGCUAGCCCCGCUGAACACAACAAAGUUGUCGAAGAUAGAUCAGAAGCCCAGUCUGUUUCUUCCAAGAUUAGGCUACGAAUGCCUUCUCGAGAAUCAUCUUUCAACAGUCAAUCAAAAAACGGAGGAAUAGCAAUUCUACUUCGAGUUGCAGAGGCCGAAUAUCCAGACAGUGACCCAGAUUUCAAAUCCAGGCUAGCUGCUUCGGCAAUGCGUACGAACGGCAAUCGUCCUUCUUCCCGGGUUUCAAACAAUCCUUCAAGCUCAGCCCCAAGUGCAGCAACAACUUCCAAGCUUAAUGUUAGGAGAUCUUCUAGGAGACCGCCUUCAGGAAUCUUCGAUGUUGGUGGCAGGCGAUGGAGGCAUCGAAGGCCGAUCGGUCGAGCGGAUGUCAUUCGCAAUGCAAUCUACAGUGAAGCAGGGUCCGUCCUAUCCAGCAAAGAACGCACGGUGACUUCUGGUCAAAAGAGACCAGGAUUGAGCGAUGUUGCAAGCUCUGUGUUGGAGGAAGAGAAUCCAAAUGUUCUCCCAGGGUUUGUGAACAGAACAGGAUUCAAUCAACAGCAACGUUUUCGAGUUGGUGGUUACUCUGUAGCAAGCUCGCGUUCUGUAAUGUCCUCGAUUGUUGAUGAUAUUACACCCAACGAUGCAGCAGAUGCCGAUGAUCCAGGGAGGGGAAAUAUAUUUCUACAGGUCCAUCACCAGCAAGAAAAGAAGCGAAAUUCACAAAUGCUAGACCGUCGAAGCUCAUCUUGGUUCCUUUCGAUGUUGGAUCUGGCAAAACCGACGGACGAGUCUAGACGUGUACUCCAGACAGCCGUACCUCUUUCGAUUGGUGCAACAUCGGAGGCUGUAUUUCGUUUGGUCACGGCUUCUUUCAUCUCGCAAUACCUUGGUGCUGAAUCCAUGAUUGCGUAUCUCUUGGUAAUGUUGUUUGUUCGUUUGACCAGUGAGGAACUCUCGGGUGCCGUAGUUGAUGCCUUAUCAUCAUUCAUAGAAUCAUCAUUGUUCUCAAGGGAUGAGAACGCCGCUUUCAUGUCAGGGCAAUACAUGCAAACCGCUAUCAUUCUGCAACUGAUCCUUGGUAUUCCAUUGUUGGCAGCGUGGACUAUGUCAAUGAAUACAGUGGUCGGAUGGCUUGUUCAGUCAGCCUCGAUAGCAUCCAUAGCGGAAGAAUACACACGGAUUGCUGUCUUUGGCUACGUAUUCCAGUCAGUCAGUAGAUCCUUUACGGCCGUAUUUCACAUUUGCGGACAUGAACACUUUGAGUCUGUCAUUGAUUUUGUUGCAUCUACGCUACAAAUGAUUGCCAUUGCGUGCGUCGUAGCAUUGAAACGGAAUUCAAAUUUGACGACUGUGGCACACAUUCAGGUACUUGUGGGUUUCUGUGCGUGUGUCGCGAAAUUGGGAUAUCCAAUCUUCAAAGGUUGGGAGAAGCCUUUUCGAGGCGGAUUUGUCCGGAAUUUUGCUCUACUACAGAACCCCAUGAUGUUUUGGUAUUUGCUUCGUGCUGUAUUCCCUUUACUUAUCGGGACAGUGUUAGAAUAUGGCGAGUGGGAAGUAUUGACAAUUGUCUUGCGGUACCUUGGUCCUGCUGAAGUUGCGACUUGGUGUUUGCUCGGUGCUGUGUGGGACGUUCUGGAGGCUUUUACAGAAGGUAUUGGAGAGGCAGCAGCCACCCAGGUUGCAUUCCUGUUGGCUGCGGCACAACCAAAACGAGCGAGGAAACUGUCAUUCUCCAUUCUCUAUCUCGGUCUUGUUCAAUCGCUUCUGAUUACUUCUGGUUUGUUCAUGAGUGGCAGGCGUCUAGCAAUGUUAUUGACGACAGACAACACAAUGCAGCAUAUGGUGAAUGAUGCGAUGACGCUACUCGGAUUUGCAAACGUUGCAAUGUCAUUCUCUCAAGUUGGCUGGAGCUUGAUUGGCGCACAAGGUCGAUUUCGACUCGCAACAUCAGUCAUGUUCUUUAGCCGUUGGCUUGUUACAAUUCCGGUCGCGUUGGUAACCAUCUUCGUCUUCUUUCUGGAUUUGAGUUCCAUAGGCGGGUGCCUAAUUGUCGGCUACUCCACGGCAUCCUGUGUACUCACUUUUAUUGUAAUCCGCAGUGAUUGGGAUCGACUAGCUAAUUUGUUGCAACAAAUGAAUAACCCUUCUGAGAAGGAAGAUUUGGACUUUGAAUUUGAUGACAGCGACGAUUCUAGUGAUGGUUUUGGUGAUAUGAAUAGUAAUAAUAGCGACGAACAAGCUAACGAGGCGGCGCAACAAACAGCAGGUUAG